AUGGGCGGAACGUCAUCCAUGUAUCAACAGCAUCCCCAAGAAUUAAACAUGAUGGAUCAACAUUCUCUGGUUGAUAUAAGAUCUAUCGUCAAUGGAAUACCUAAGAUGAUGCAGGUGGCAGAUGAUAUGCACAGAAUGACAGAUUAUAUAAUGGACUUAAGGAAUAUGACACUAGGACUUGUGGCUAUUUCCCUUAUUGGUGUUAUCGGAUUUCUCAUUCUUCGUGCUGUAAACGGUAGAACUGGAAGAAGCCGGAGAAAAAGAUCAAUCCUACGUCAAGUUGAAGAAGGAUAUCCUCCCAUGCCACGAUACUACUACCAAUCUCAGUAUGCGCCAGAACCAUGGGACAGACCAAAAUCAACAUUUAGUCAUCACAGUCAAAUGGAUGAGAAGAAGCCAGUAGACAGUAGAAGUAGUCCAGAAAACAACAAAAUCAACGGUGCCCUUCCUUACAAGUCCUUCACUAAUGAGGAAGCCAUAAGCCCAGAUUUGGAUAAGAAGAUGAUGACCACAUCUCUACCCUCAGAUACCAACGGAGGAGGAUACCGACACACGACGUCUUCAACGACCCCGCAAAAAUCACGUCAUCCACCGGAGCCGGUCAAGCUUUUGGUUGAGGACUUGCCGUAUGCCGAUUGUUAA